GCAUGGAAAAGACAGGCCCACUUUCUCCCAAAGUGUACAGAGCAGCGUCCAUAGUUGCAGGUAGAUGCGACAGGUAGCAGAAUAAAGAUCACUGCCCUCUGCUAUCCUAGAUGGCUGGCACAGCACGGCAUGAUCGGGAGAUGGCAAUCCAGGCCAAAAGAAAACUUGCGCAGACAACAGAUCCUAUCGAGAGGCUUCGGCUCCAGUGCCUGGCAAGGGGAUCUGCGGGCAUCAAAGGACUCGCCAGGGUCUUCCGCAUCAUGGAUGAUGAUCGCAGUAGGACUCUUGAUUUCAAAGAGUUCCUGAAAGGCCUUCAUGAUUAUGCUGUGUUGAUUGAAAAAGAAGACGCUGAAAGGAUUUUCCAAAUCUUUGAUAAAGAUGGGAAUGGAAAAAUUGACUUUGAUGAAUUUCUCCUAACAUUAAGACCUCCAAUGUCUAAUGCAAGAAAAGAAGUGAUUAUGCAAGCCUUUCGAAAGCUAGACAAGACUGGCGAUGGCAUUAUCACCAUUGAAGAUCUACAAGGAGUCUACAACGCAAAGCAUCACCCCAAGUACCAGAAUGGAGAAUGGUCGGAAGAUCAAGUUUUUAGGACUUUUCUAGAUAACUUUGAUUCACCUUAUGAUAAAGAUGGACAGGUUACAACAGAUGAAUUCAUGAACUAUUACGCAGGCGUCAGCGCUUCAAUAGACACUGACAUCUAUUUCAUUCUGAUGAUGAAAAACGCUUGGAAAAUCUAAUUGUGUAAAAUGAAAUUCUCCUUCUUCUUAUGGUUGGCAUGAAGGGCAAUGUGGUCGCAUUCAUUGUAAUUACUAAUUGCAUUAAUUAUUAUAGUAAAUUUUGCUAACCAAUAUUAUUAUUCCUGUCAUUUUUGUAGGGCUAUUCUUUGGAUUAAAAAUGUCAGUUACAUAUGUUAGUAAAGCUACCUAAACAAGAAAUGGCUCAGCUCUUACACCAGGGCUGUGGAGUAUCCAUCUUUGCUUGUGGAGUUAUGCAUUGAUUCUGUGUUGUGUUGUGAAACUGAAACCUCAAUUUACAUGUGCAUAUGGAUAUCUGCUUAUGCCAGUGGCUCUCAACCUUCCUAAUGCUGCGACCCAUUAUUAAAGUUCCUCGUGUUGUGGUGAUCCCCAACCAUAAAA